CGCCUCCCGCCCCCUGCAUGUCAUCCCCUCACCCCACUCGUGUUCAUCCCAAAUACUGCUCAACUCGCUCACCAUCUUCGCAAAACAACACUUAACACCUCCACGCCCUCUGAUUUGGAACCACUUGUUUGAGCUCGCCAGUGACUGUCAUCAAUAUGUUGUGGAUCUGCGUGGGUCUCCUCGCUGCUCUUUUCUCCUGCGUCCUCCCCCAGGAGGCUCAGGAGCCUAUCUCCUACUCGUGCACUGAAGGUUAUGAGUAUGACAGUGUUAGUGAGCAGUGCAAAGACAUUGACGAGUGCGUCCUGCUGAAUGACGCUUGCAAGGGAGGCAUGCAGUGCAUCAACCACUACGGUGGCUACCUGUGCCUGCCCAAGAGCGCUCGCAUCUUCAUCAACAAGGAGGGUGAGGAGGCGCCUCCUCAAGAGCCCGCCGCGCCGCCCAGCCAGCCGCAGCCCGCUCGGGUGUUCCCCGGCCGAGUCUCUUACGGCAGUCGGACGACGGUCCGCUGCUCCGCUGGCUUCAUGCCGGACGAGACGAACAUCUGCAGAGACAUAGACGAAUGCACCACGGGCCGACACACUUGCGGGCCUGAGCAAACUUGCUUCAACACCAGAGGCUCGUACAGCUGCCAGUGUCCUGCGGGCUAUCAGAGGAACAGAGACCAAUGUGUAGACAGAGACGAGUGUGCGCUGUCCCACUACUGCAUGCACACGUGUGUGAAUACUCAGGGUUCGUACUACUGCGAGUGCAAUGCAGGUCACCGGUUGGCCAGUAACAACCACAGCUGCGUCGACGUCAACGAAUGCGACGCGCAGAGUCCAUGUCAGCAUCACUGCUACAACCUGAUUGGUUCAUUCUUAUGCCAGUGCAACCAAGGCCACGAGCUGGCCUCGGACUUGGUCUCCUGCCAAGACAUUGAUGAAUGCAGUUUCUCCAACUACAUGUGUCAGUACCAGUGCAUCAACAGUCCUGGAAGUUACUCAUGCGAGUGCCCAGAGGGAUACCAACUGCAGGGCAACAGGUUGUGUCAAGACGUGAACGAGUGUGAGACGGGCACACACAACUGCCAAGAUGACGAGACGUGCUGGAACUACUACGGUGGCUUCCGUUGCUAUCCCAGAAACCCCUGCGAGGCACCUUACACCCAAUCCUCGGAAAACCGCUGCAUCUGCCGCUCUCCGGCCGAAUGCCAGGGCCUGCCGCCGUCCAUCGUCUACAAGUACAUGAGCAUCCAAGCCGAGCGGCCCGUGCCCGCCGACAUCUUCCAAAUCCAAGCCACCAACAUCUACGCCAACACGCACAACACCUUCCGGAUCAAAGCCGGAAACGAGGCGGGCGACUUCUUCCUCCGGCGUUCCAGCAACGCCAGCGCCAUGCUGGUGCUCACCAAGCCUCUGUCAGGCCCCAGGGAGUACGUGGUGGACCUGGAGAUGAUCACGCACCACCUGACCAUGAACUACCACUCCAGCUCCCUGCUGAGGCUCACCAUCAUCGUGGGGGCGUACGCCUUCUGAGCGCCCGCCGCCGUAACGCAGCCAAUGUCUGUCUCCGCCUAGCAUACUGUCAAAUUCUCGUACCUUACGUUAUUCUUCAUAAAAUAGGAACCCUCGCAUGUCGCCACCACAUCAUGAUGAAGAAGUCUAAUGGAUGCACGGUGAUGAUUUUUUUUUAUUAUUACACAGCACUGUGGCAAGCCAUUUAUAUCGGGAUAGAAUAAGUCUACACACCCCUGUUGAAAACGAGACUAAUAUAAAACAUUUAUUGACAAAUCCAUAUUGAUUCAUUAAAACCUGUCUAGAAGUUCGACCCAAAGGUAAGGAACGAUUAUUUUAAAACAUUUUACAUUACAAAAUCAUUUCUUUUGCAUGAGUAACAAUUUCCCAGAAAGCUUCAAAGAGUCGCCUGCCAGUGAGUCGCUUGCUUCAUACGCAUUAAGUCAUGUACAUAGCUAGGUAACAAAUCAGUGUGUGUGUUUGCGAGGAAAAAAAAAAAAAAAAAGAAGCUGCCUCAAAGGGCGUCCUUAA